ACUUCCCGGAAACUUGUCCUGCGCGCCACGACGUCUGUCUCCAGGGCAACCCGGCUCCUCCUAGCAACCGCGCAGCCCUGCUAUGGCGGCUGCGGGUCCCAGCGUCUUCCUGCUCAUGGUCAACGGGCAGGUGGAGAGCGCCCAGUUUCCUGAGUAUGACGAUCUCUACUGCAAGUACUGUUUCGUGUAUGGCCAGGACUGGGCCCCCACGGCGGGGCUGGAGGAGGGCAUCUCACAGAUCACGUCCAAGAGCCAGGAUGCGCGGCGCGCGCUGGUGUGGAACUUCCCCAUCGACGUCACCUUUAAGAGCACCAACCCCUACGGCUGGCCGCAGAUGGUGCUUAGUGUGUAUGGGCCGGACGUGUUCGGGAACGACGUGGUCCGAGGCUACGGGGCGGUGCACGUGCCCUUCUCACCCGGACGGCACAAAAAGACCAUCCCCAUGUUUGUCCCAGAAUCUGUGUCUAAACUGCAGACGUUUACCAGCUGGUUCAUGGGACGGCGGCCCGAGUUCACAGACCCCAAGGUGGUGGCUCAGGGGGAAGGCCGGGAAGUGACCCGCGUCCGCUCCCAGGGCUUCGUCACUCUCCUCUUCAACGUGGUGACCAAGGACAUGAGGAAGCUGGGCUAUGACACCGGGCCUCCGGACACACGGGGGGUCUCGGGGCCCAGCUCGCCCCAGGGCCUCCCCCAGUGAAGGCAUCGGCCCCCUGGGGCCGCCCAGCGACCCACCUGCCUGACCUGCGUCGGGGGUGGCCGGUGUUUGUGUAAUAAAGUGUCACCUUUUCACAGAGCCCAGGCUGGGGCAGCUCCUCU